GCGAGGAGGGGCCGGGUACAGCGGAGACGCGCAGAAUUCGGCCCUCGGAACGGGCUCCGGACCGGGGUCACGGACAGGGCCGAGUGGCGCCGCAGAGGGCCGGACUGAGCCGGAGAGACCCGAGUCCGACCAGAGACCCGCAGGCGGGCCGGAAGUAGGGCCGAGCGCAGCCGAUCCCGCCCGAAGGCGGCUGACGGCGCUGGGCAUUGGGCCCCGGCGAGCCCGAGCCAUGGCGGCUGAAGGCAGUGAUGUGGUCCGAGGCGGGGCUGUCGGCGGCCCCCAGGCUAAGGACAGCUUGCGGCAGUCUAAGUGCUCGGACGCGGCCCCGCAUCGGCGGCGCGGCUCGGCGCAGUCGCCUGACGCCGAGCGCCGAGCCUACCAGUGGUGCCGGGAGUACCUGGGCGGUGCCUGGCGCCGAGUGCGGCCGGAGGAGCUGAGGGUUGACCCCGUGAGCGGGGGCCUCAGCAACCUACUCUUCCGCUGCGCGCUGCCGGACCACCUGCCCAGCGUUGGCGAGGAGCCCCGGGAGGUGCUGCUGCGACUGUAUGGGGCCAUCCUGCAGGGCGUGGACUCCUUGGUCCUUGAAAGUGUGAUGUUCGCCAUCCUUGCGGAGCGGUCCCUGGGGCCCCAGCUCUACGGAGUCUUUCCAGAGGGCCGACUGGAACAGUACAUCCCAAGCCGGCCACUGAAAACGAGAGACCUCCGGGAGCCCGUGUUGUCAGCAACCAUCGCCACGAAGAUGGCCCGGUUCCACGGCAUGGAGAUGCCCUUCACUAAGGAGCCCCGCUGGCUGUUUGGGACCAUGGAGCGGUACCUAAAGCAGAUCCUGGACCUGCCCCCCACCGGCCUCCCCCAGGUGAACCUGCUGGAGAUGUACAGCCUGAAGGAUGAGAUGGGCAACCUCAGGAAGUUGCUAGACUCUACCCCGUCACCAGUGGUCUUCUGCCACAACGAUAUCCAGGAAGGGAACAUCUUGUUGCUCUCAGAGCCAGAAAAUGCUGACAGCAUCAUGUUGGUCGACUUCGAGUACAGCAGUUACAACUACAGGGGCUUUGACAUUGGGAACCAUUUUUGUGAGUGGGUGUAUGAUUAUACUCACGAGGAGUGGCCUUUCUACAAAGCACAGCCUGCAGACUACCCCACCCGGGAACAGCAGCUCCAUUUUAUUCGCCAUUACCUGGCAGAGAUAAAGAAAGGUGAGACCAUCUCCCAAGAAGAACAGAGGAAACUGGAAGAAGAUUUGCUGGUAGAGGUUAAUCGGUACGCUCUGGCGUCCCAUUUCUUUUGGGGUCUCUGGUCCACCCUGCAGGCAUCCAUGUCCACCAUAGAAUUCGGUUACCUGGAGUACGCCCAGUCCCGGUUCCAGUUGUACUUCCAGCAGAAGGGGCAGCUGACCAGCCUCCACCCCCCAUCCUGAUUCUCCACCCCCAGCUCCUUGGAUGUUCCCAGAGCCUCCAGGGCAGGACCUUGGAGGGAGGGGCCAAGAGCAAGAGGCCCUGGGGAGUGGGCUGAGCCCCACGAGAGGGGCUGAGGAGGCUGACCUCUCCCCCACUUUGGGCAGGUCCCCACAAGCAGGAACCCCGGGGCUGUGCACCUUGAAACAAUAAACGAGCUUCUUCCUUCACAUCCUGGCCUAGCCCUGCUCAGUCCAACAGGAAGUACCAGCCGGGGACUCACUCAAAUUGACAGAGUGACCGCUGCUCUGAGCCUCAGUUUCCCUUCCUGAAAAACAUGGCAGUUCAGUGCUCUGCACUUGAAAGUUAAGGGUCCACUCCGCCAAUUGGAGGCCCCUCCCCUACAACCCGCUCCCCGUCCA